GAAUAUAAAAUAUCAUUACUUGAGCAAUGGCAUGGUAUCGAAGAAGCAGAAAAGACUUGUAACGUAACGAUACAAAAACAUGGACCAACUAAAGAAUUACUAUGUCCACCUAUCUGGGAUCAUAUAAUGUGUUGGAAGUCUGCCAAACCUGGAACCACUGUUUCGGCACCAUGCCCUAGUUACAUAGACAGAUUCCUCAUCAAUGGUGUUGCUAAAAAGACUUGUACAAAUGAUGGUACGUGGUACCAGAAUCCAGAGACAAACACUACCUGGACUGCAGACUCCCACAAUUGUAUGGAAAGUGAAGCCAAUCAAAAUUUAUUAAAAACAAACCUAUAUCACAUACAGACUAUUUCUAUGGCGGGUUAUACGCUGUCUAUUAUAUCAUUAAUUAUUGCUGUGGUUAUGCUCCUUAAACACAGAUACAGUAUAGGUUCUAAAAGACCACGAUCAAAGAUAAGAACUCUUCACUUAAAUCUGUUCAUCGCAUAUUGUCUGAGAUCGAUCGCUUCACUUCUAAUGGAACACGUAUUUUCUAUCAGCAUCAAACAUCAGGCCGAGAAACUCACUGGAACACAGAUCCAAAACUCGAAUUGGGGAUGUAAGCUGACCAUGACGUCCUUUGUGUAUACUCUACUCGCCAGUACGGUAUGGCUCAAUGUGGACGCAUCUGUCCUUGUCUGGAUGAUCUGUUGUAACCCGUGGUAUUUUCAAAAAAGAAGCAACAUUUUCCCACAUCUUUUGAUAGGAUGGGGUAAGAAAGGAUGA